GUUUCACGCUUGCGUAGUACUGUCCCGUGACUCGUUAAGAGUACUGGUCCACGGCAUCCAUCUUUGAAUCUUCCUUUACUUUCGGGUUACCGAGAGCGUGUAUGUCGCGGCGGUAAGCAAAUUCUAAAUCGCAGCUAUGGUGCGUAUGAACGUUCUCAGCGACGCUUUAAAGUCGAUUAACAACGCCGAGAAGCGCGGUAAAAGACAAGUCUUGCUGAGACCAUGCUCCAAAGUUAUCGUCAAAUUCCUGACUGUAAUGAUGAAGCACGGAUACAUCGGGGAGUUUGAAAUCGUUGAUGAUCACCGUAGCGGCAAAGUAGUUGUGAACCUCACCGGCAGGUUGAACAAAUGUGGAGUUAUUUCGCCAAGGUUCGACGUUCCCAUUACGGAUAUUGAAAAAUGGACGAAUAAUCUUCUGCCAAGUCGUCAAUUUGGGUACGUUGUUUUGACGACGAGUGGAGGUAUUAUGGAUCACGAGGAGGCUAGAAGAAAACAUCUUGGUGGAAAAAUUCUAGGAUUUUUCUUCUAAUUAAACAAUAAAAAAGGAAAAAUGUAUCAAUAUUUGAAUAAGAAAAAUUAAAUAUUGAUAUGGA